UGAAGGAGUAAGUCAAUUGCCCCUUCUCCAACUAACCAAUAGGAAAAUUCUUACACAAGUCCAAAAAAUAGCAUGAACUCGAUCUUCAGCUCUUACCACAAUUCUCUCAAAAAAAGAAAGGAGCCUCGAGAGUUCUCUCCUUAACUACACCCUCCUCGGCUUUAUUAUCCAAAUACUCAUCCUGAUCAAUCUCUACCAAUUCAGUCAUAACCGGCCCUUCAUCCAUACCCUCAUUCGGUCAAAUAAAACUAAAAUUAAAAUAAAUCGGUCAACUUUCCUUCUAAAGAAUAAAUAAACCAAUAGGAAAAGGGGUGGAGGAGUUAUAUUACAGAUUUACAGUCCAUAUAUACACAGAGAAUUUUGGAAACCAGAUAUGGAAAAAAAACAAUUUCAAUAGGAAAGUACCCUUUUUUUAUAGCUUUAAAAAUACUUACCUAACUUCAAUCUCUUCCUAUAAAUAAACAUUUCCAGCAAACAUCAAAAGCAUCCCAAAUUUGAAAACAAAUCUUAGUUGUUGAAGAAGUGAGGAGAAUGGUAGGCACAGGGAAGAAGAAGAUAGAGAUCAAGAAAAUCACAAAAGAGAAUUCAAGAAUGGUAACAUUCUCGAAAAGAAGGAAAGGACUUUUCAACAAAGCUAAAGAAGUCGAAUCCAUGACAGGUUCUCGUGUUGCCUCUGUUGUUUUUUCACCCACAGGAAGGCUUUCUACUUAUGGAGACGUUGAAUCUGCUAUCCAGAGGCAUUUUCCUAGCACAUCUGAUGCUGUUGUUGUUGUUUCUGAUGGAUCCUCGAGGUCGAGAUCAUCAUCCACUCCGAGAAAGAAUGGUCUCCGUAAAUGGGUGGAAGGUAUAGAUGUGAAAGGAUGUCAAAAUUUGAAUCAGCUCUUAAUGUUGAAGAAACAAUUGGAAGGAACCAGAGACAAGAUUCUUUCCAAUGAAGAUGCUGAGUCGUUUGAAGCUUUGUUUGCGUAGUAUGUAACUUAAAAUGUAUUUUAUUAUAUGUGUGCUUAUUGGAAUUUCGUUCUUUUGCUUGUAUGUACGUAUCUUACUGAGACAAUGUGAAGAAAGUGCAUCAACAAGA